AGGUGAUUAUACGUUGUAUACUGGGGCUCUGGGCACUGCUUUCUUGCUGUUUAAGGCUUAUCAGAUUACUGGAGACAAGAAUGAUCUUGCUCUUUGCUCUGAUAUCAUUGAGGCCUGUGACUCCGCGUCUCGAGGCUCUGGGCGUGUGACUUUCAUAUGUGGACGGGCUGGUGUAUAUGCUCUUGGUGCCGUAGCAGCACACCAUAAAGGCGAUAAAGAAUUAUGUCAUCAAUACUUGGCACAGUUCAAAGAGAUUAAGCUUUCCAAGGACCUUCCAGAUGAACUGUUGUAUGGGAGAGCUGGGUUCUUGUGGGCAUCUUCAUUCUUAAACAAAAAUAUUGGCAAAGACACAAUUUCUUCCACCAGAAUGAGGGCUGUUGUUGAUGAAAUUAUAAAAUCUGGUCGGCAAUUGGCGAAAGGAAGAUGUCCUUUGAUGUUUGAAUGGCAUGGAAAAAGAUACUGGGGAGCUGCGCAUGGGCUUGCUGGGAUUAUGUAUGUGUUAAUGGAUAUGGACCUGACGCCGGAUGAGGUGGAGCAUGUCAAGGGCACACUACGUUACAUGAUAAAAAAUCGUUUUCCUAGCGGAAAUUACCCUUCAAGUGAAGGAAGUGAAACGGAUAGACUCGUUCACUGGUGCCAUGGAGCUCCUGGUGUUGCUCUUACUCUAGCAAAAGCAGCCAAGGUUUUUGCAAGUGAAGAGUUUCUGCAAGCAGCAAUUGAUGCGGGGGAAGUCGUAUGGAACCGAGGCCUGCUUAAACGAGUCGGAGUAUGUCAUGGCAUAAGUGGGAAUGCCUAUAUAUUUCUUUCACUCUACCAGUUAACAGGUAAACAGGAGUUCUUAUACAGAGCAAAAGCAUUCGCAUGCUUUCUUCAUGAUCGGGCUCAAAUUCUCAUAUCAGAGGGCAUUAUUCACGGAGGUGAUCGACCAUAUUCACUGUUUGAAGGCAUCGGUGGAAUGGCUUAUCUGUUUCUGGACAUGACCGAACCAUCUCAGGCUAGGUUUCCAGCUUAUGAACUUUAGUGUACUUUGUGCAUGCAUAGAUGUGUGUACUAGUACGAUGUAUAUUGCAUGUAGUUUUCUUUGCAACUCGGAUGAACCUUUUGCAUGUACUUUUUCUUUGUAACUCCAACAAGUUCGUCGUAAGAAGGAAGAGACCCUUUUAGUUUGGACACCAUGUAAAUUCCAUAUAGAAUGUAAUUUUCUUUUCAAGUUAAUCCCAUACCAACUUAUUCUGGUGUA